AUGCAUGUGUUGCUACGAAAUUCUGGGAAGUACAGAAUGAGUCAUCGAUUUUAUACGAUGUUGUUUACUUGUCUGGAGUUUACUUUUUUAACGGAGUUGUUCAUAAUUGAUGUCAAACAUUUACUACUUCCAUACAAAAGGAAAACUUUUUGUAAAAGGAGACGAAGAGGUCUCAAAAUCUCAGAUUUAAUGGACAUUAUUAACAACAAACCUUUAAUAAUGCCAGACAACAAUAAGAACAACUUAACAAUAUUGUAUCAGACACACUAUACAAUUCCAAAACAAGUACUAAACACAAUUUUCAAUUAA